AUGGAAGAAUAUUUAGAAGUUGAUGACUACAGAGUUAAUAUAUUUUAAUAUUUAGGAGGAGGGUGUUAGGGUUAAAUUUUUUAAUGUUUAAAAAUAAGCACUAAUGAGGAAAUCGUAGCUAAAAUAACUAAAAUUAAUUUUAAAAAUGAAAAUACUUAUGAAAGAGAAAUUAGUAUUGUGAAUUCUAUUAAAAAUGAAGAAAAAGUAUAAAAUUUAGUGAAAAUAUAUGAUAUUUUUAUAAUUGAAAAAGAUGGAGAAAAAUUACUUAUAGAAUUUAUGGAGAAAUGUGAAUCAGAUUUAGGAAAAUUAAUGAAAUAAUAUAAAUAACAAAAUCAAUAGUUCACAUUUUAAGAAGUAUUAGAUUUUUCAGCCUAAAUCAUUAGAGGAUAUAGUUGUUUGAAUUCUUUAAACAUUAUUCAUAGAGAUAUGAAACCAGAAAAUUUAUUAAUAUAAAGAUAAGCCGGUAAAAUUGAACUGAAAGUAAUUAAGUUUAAAUAUUUAAGAUUACUGAUUUUGGAGUAGGUAAAGUAUUAACAAAUGAUGUUGCUACUACUAAAACUGGAACACCUAUAUAUUAAGCUCCAGAAUUAAGUUCUAAAGAAUUAAUAUAUACAAGCAAAUCAGAUAUUUUCUCAUUAGGAGUUAUAUUAUAUUAACUUGUUUAUAAUAAUGAGAUUCCAUUUAAGUCUGAUUAAAAAUCUAUAGAUCAUAUUAAAUAAUCUCUUAAAACUUAACCAAUUAAAUGUCCAUAAAAAGAAGGAUUUGAACCUGAAUUUCUUGAAUUAAUUGAAUAAAUGCUACUAUUUUCAUAACAUGAUAGAAUUGGUUGGGAUUAAUUAAUAAAUCACUAUUAUUUUAAAAAUUAUUUUCCAGAAAAAAACUAAUAUGGUACACAUAAGAAUUUUAAAAAUCUUUAUGAAUAUGUUAUUGCUAUUUAUAAUUAAACAUGCAAAAUUUAAUAAAUUUUAGAUAAAAUUCCAUAAGAAUUUGAUUGGCAAAUAGCUUCUAUUAUGUUAACUUAAUAUGUUUUAAUAAACUUCUAAAAAGAACUUUUUCAUAUGUUAGAUUCAAUUAAAAUAGAAAAUUAACAAUUCAAUAAAUCAAUCUCUACUGUUUUUCAUAAGAAGGUUGAUAAAAAUGAAAUAUAAUAAGCAUUAUAAAAUUAUAAAAUUUAAAUAGACAUGGAGAAAACAAAUUAAGUACUAGAGGUAAAUAUAAUUGAUUUCAAUUAGGAUUUAAAAUAAAAAAUUAAUUAAAUUUUAGAGAAAGUUUCUGAUUCUUUUUUUAAAGAUUUUUAUAAUUCUACUAUUUAAUAACCAGAAGAUUAAAGUUUGUUUGAUUUUUGGCAUUUGAAAUUUCAACAUAUUUUUAGAACCUACAUUCGAACAUGGUUAAGUGGAUAUAUGCGUGAUAAAAGGUUGUCUUUAACAGAAGUAUUUUAAUUAGAGAAAUUUUCUUAUCUUUUAGACGAAUAUCCAAAGACUUCUUAUAAUGAUUUUGAAUAAAAUUAAAUUCAUUCAAAAAUCAUCUAAUAAGAUUUCGCUUUGUAAUAUCUAAAGCAAAAACAAAUAAUAUGA